CAACACUGACAAGGUUUUUUUCCCUCCCAUUUCCUCAGUUAACUUUCAGUUCUUGCCCAUCCACGCAGUACGAUCACGCUUCAUCACAUUUGCUUGAAUACACUGUAUCAUGAACAGUUUACUCAUUGAAAGUGGAGCCUCUGAACUGCAAACUGCAGACACUCAGUCACAGCCUGCUAUCCCACUGUCUCCCUUUGUAUGUGUUCCUCCCACCCUGAGAGAUGGUGAGUGUUACCAUGUCUUCAUUAGCUACAGCAGCACUGACUACCAGUGGACCCACUCCCUCAUCAACCAGCUGGAGUCCUGCGGCCUGCAGGUGUGCUACCAUGAGCGUGACUUCACUCCCGGCCGCACCGUGUUGGAAAACAUGUCCGACUGCAUCCAGGAGAGCCAGAAGGUGCUGCUGGUUCUCAGCCAAGAGUUUGUGAGGAGCCGCUGGUGUCUCCUGGAGGCCAACAUGUCUCUGUUCAGAGACUGUCUGGAGAGGAAACCCAUGGUCCCAGUGCUGCUGGAGCCAGGAGUCUCUGUUCCUCUCCACCUCUGCCACCUCACCUACCUGGAGGCCAGCGACCCCGACUUUAAGAAUAAGCUGCUCAAGGUGCUCUGCACCCCCAACCAGCAGCUUCAAGGGUCCACUGUGAUGCCCUUCCAGCCUCCCUCUAUCUACAACGGGAAGGCCCUGCAGCCUCUGAUUGCGAUCAAUGAUGAGGGACUCCACAAAUGGGACUGUGGUCAGUUCAGUGACAUGGAGGUGCCAGAUCAACUGCGUCUGAUCAUCGAGGACCAAGAGAAAUACAGAGAGGCUGUGAGAAUUAUCAACAAUGUCUCUCAAAAUAAAGUGCGGUGGCGUCCACUCUGGCGUAGAGUACUGGUCUACAUUGGAGAUGUAGCAUAUCUUUUAUUCUUGUUAUUCUUUUCUACAAUUUUGACAAUUAUUUUUUGUGGUGGCCACCCUCCCUCAGUCACAUACCCUCCUGCAGUAUGGGUGCUCACUAUUUCUGGUUUCUUCUGUGUUCCAUUGGGGUAUUUUAUUCACAUUUGUUUAUGGAAGAAGGAUGAUGAGAGGUACAUCAUGAGAGAAAUGCAGAGAGCUAUAGGCCAGGCAAACAUAAUCCUCUGUGAGGAGAAGGUGUUAAUGGGCUGUCGUUCAAAUUUAACGAAAAUCUACCUGGUGUAUGUUUCUCUGGACGGUUGCAAACAAGAGUUUGCAGAGACAUUUUCUGAGCAGGAGGGUGCUGAGGAGAUGUUUCAAAAAGCUCUGAUCUUCUUCUCAUCAGGUUACACCUGCUGCCUUGCUAAAAAACACUUUCCCUUUCCCCAGCCCAGCUCCACUGGUCACCUGGAGGGAGGGGUGUGUUUCUGUCAGUACAUCUCUCAGCAGCUGAGUGCAGAUCAGUGGAAAUAGUAACAACGGUAUGGCCGUACAAAUUUAUGAUUAAAUCAAUGCUCAUAGCGAUUCAAGACACUUUUUCUACGGAUUUGUUUUUUAUUAUUAUUAUGACCCCAACAUUUUAUAAAGUCUACAAAGCUAUUACUUUCCUGUUUGUGGCAUGUUAUCCAUAUUUUUUUCUCCACAUCAAGUCACAACACAGACAAGAGGAAAAUAAAUGUGUAAAUGUUUAUUUUUGGCUGCCCACAACAAUAUCCAUAUUUGCCGCCACAUAAUGUUUUUCUGUAUUUGGAGCUGGACAGAUAAACUGCUGUUCAACUUUAGAUGCUCCAAUGUAAACUGCGCACCUUGCAGUCCAGCCCUGGGUCUACAUUUUGCUUUCACUUGCCCUUGCAGCAGCUGCUUUUUAAUCCAAUCCAUUGAUCUGAUCUGAUCUGAUCUGAUCUAAACGGCUCCCCCUCCGCCAUCAGCUACCGCCACCAAAUUCUGUCAGAAACACUGUACUUAUAUGUUUAUGUUUGACCAGUUGCAUGCUGUUUCAGUUGCUAAUACUUCAAUAAAAUGUGUAACA